AACUUGUGCUAUUUGUGCUAUGAAUCCAAUCUACAUGAAGUAACUUCUUUGCUUGUUCCGACGGUGGAUCUACCCAGCAAUAGUCCGCAACAAUCAUCUACAUAACCCCCCACCAUUUCCCUCCCAAAUCCAUACACACACAACACCCCCAUUUUCUCUCUCCUCCUUCCUCCCUAAACUCAACAAUGGCGUCCUCAGAUGAACAAAACGGUUCACCAUCACCUCCAACAAAAGUAGCCCUAAUCACCGGCAUAACAGGUCAAGACGGAUCAUACUUAACCGAAUUCCUCCUCCAAAAAAACUACCAAGUUCACGGCUUAAUCCGUCGAUCUUCAAACUUCAACACACAACGCAUCAACCACAUCUACAUCGACCCACACAACGCUUUAAAAGCCAAAAUGAAACUUCACUACGCUGAUCUGACCGACGCAUCUUCUCUUCGUCGUUGGAUCGAUACAAUAUCUCCUGACGAAGUAUAUAAUUUGGCUGCACAAUCUCAUGUUGCUGUUUCUUUUGAAAUUCCUGAUUAUACUGCUGAUGUUGUUGCUACUGGUGCACUUCGUUUACUUGAGGCUGUUAGAUCUCAUAUUGCUGAAACUGGUAGGAAUCAUAUUAAGUAUUAUCAAGCUGGAUCGUCGGAAAUGUUUGGAUCUACUCCACCUCCUCAGCUUGAAACGACGCCGUUUCAUCCUAGGUCGCCUUAUGCUGUUGCUAAGGUUGCUGCUCAUUGGUACACUGUCAAUUAUCGCGAGGCCUAUGGCAUAUAUGCUUGCAAUGGUAUUUUGUUCAACCACGAAUCACCACGCAGGGGAGAGAACUUUGUGACGCGUAAGAUCACUCGUGCGGUUGGCCGGAUCAAGAUCGGGCUUCAGAGCAAGCUUUUCCUUGGUAAUUUGUCAGCAUCGAGGGAUUGGGGAUUUGCGGGGGACUAUGUAGAGGCAAUGUGGUUGAUGCUUCAACAAGAGAAGCCUGAUGACUAUGUGGUAGCCACCGAGGAGUCUCACAGUGUUGAGGAGUUCUUGGAAGCUGCUUUUGGGUACGUGGGAUUGAACUGGCGGGAUCAUGUGGUGAUUGACAAGAGGUAUUUUAGGCCAUCUGAGGUCGACAAUCUACAAGGUGAUGCGAGCAAAGCAAAGAAAGUGCUCGGUUGGAAGCCUAAGGUCGGGUUUCAACAACUGGUGAAAAUGAUGGUUGAUGAAGACGUCGAGUUGGCUAAGAGGGAAAAGGUACUUGUUGAUGCUGGUUACAUGGAUGCUCAGCAACAACCUUGAGUAAGUGAGCUAUGAUACUACCAUUUGAUUCUUCAAAAUUUUAAAUUUCUUUUUGUGAUUUAAUAUACGGAUCAGAUCAUAGGUUACUUGGAAGUGGAAAUUGAGUUAUUGAUUUGUUGAUUUUGUUUCAAAAGUCCAGUUUUUAAUUCUAUAGUUAGAUCCUUUGUUCCCACCCUUUCAGUGUCGGUGGGAUACUUUCUUGUCAUAGUCUGUAUGUUGGCACUUAGUCAUCUUAAUUUGUCAAUCAACAAGAUUUACUCUUAAUUGUGUUAUACUUUUCUGGAGAUGAGUAGGGUUGUAACUUAUAAAUACAGCUGUUUCGUACUUGAUCCAGGAAUCUCUGUAGAACUUACAAGCUUUCAGCUGUCAUUAAUCCUUGAUUUGGGAUUUUUCAUAAUCAUGUAAUAAUAGUAAUAUUUUUUUUGAUUA